CUCAGGAAGUUAUUUGUGAAAGAAAGAGUACAUGUAAGAGACAAGAUGGCUCAUGCUGGGAGGCGAUACCAAGAUAAGCAAGGUGGGUACCAUGAGAAUCGUGGAUCUGAUGGAUAUGAGGAAGACAGAAAAAGAAAACCAGGCCCAUAUAAUGGAAGGCCAGCAAAAGAUAACCGUGGUGGCCAGCACUCAAGGGCUUCCACCAUUUGCUCAGAACCAUACUCUAAAGCUUCAGCAGCAUCACAGGAGUACUUUGAAUCACCACCACAGUAUUACCCCACCAAGGAAACCUUGUCCAUGAAGUGUUCAAAGGUAUGCACAACAAGAGGCAUUUUGAAGUUUGUGGAAAUCACCGUGAACCUCCUGGUGCUGAUUUGCGUGGGCGCUGCCCAAGCCUCUGUUGCAGGCUUUACUUCCAUCGGCGGCUUGGGCAUCGGAUCCUUUAACCUGAAUUCAGCCUACAGCCCCUUCGAGGGCACGGAGCUCCAGGAAGUGAGGGAGCUGGACAUGCAGAUCACCCAGAUGAGAGCCCCCUGCGUCUACGGCGGAGUAGCCUUCAGCUUAGCAGCAGCAGCGCUCACGCUCGUCUUUCUCGUAGUGGGGGCGAAACCCAUCCACCGCCUCAAGAUGGGGCUGCUCGGUGGUGAAUGCGCCUUCAGCCUGCUGGCUGGCGUAUGCUACGUCAUUGCAGUUGGUCUCUACUUGCACUUUGUCACCCAGGUGAACGCCACGGAAGCUUGCAAGAGGCGUGAGAGGCUGUACGCGCGCCGUGGUUACACCUCCAUGAACUGCGUCGUCCAGGGUGGCGAUGCAGCCGUCGGCCUCUUCGGUGUAGCUGCAGCCUGUUUGUACUUUGCCAGCUUUGUGGUCUGCAUCCUUGCUAUUCGAACCGUGCGGGCCUUCCAGAGCCGCAUGGCCACGGCUCAGCACAGUCCCAAGAGCAGCGUUAGAGACAGAAGUGUCAGAAAUGACCGCCCCAUUCACAGAACCUCUGGAAGCUCCCAUAACAUCCAGGCUCUUGCCACAUUAGUGUGAAGUCAGUUGUGGGCCUGUGCCAGAGAACAGCAGCUUCAGCAAGGGGCAGGUACUAGACUUUGUGUGCCUAAGAGGCAACAAUUCCAAAAUCCACUUUCCAACAAGGUACUGGAAGUGUGUCUCAAAUCACCAAAUGUAAAUAAAACGUAAUAAAAUAGAUGCCGGGAGGAUAUUCUAA